AGGUGCCCAAGAAAUUUGGAAGAACGAAAUCUAACACAUGUGUCAGAAUUUCAUCUUUUGGGGCUCUCAGAGAAUCUGGACCUGCAGCCCAUCCUCCUUGGACUCUUUUUGUCCAUGUACCUGGUGGCUGUGCUGGGGAACCUGCUCAUCAUUCUGGCCGUCAUCUCAGACUCCCGUCUCCACACCCCCAUGUACUUCUUCCUCUCCAACCUGUCCCUGGCUGACAUCUGCUUCAUCUCCACCACGGUCCCAAAGAUGAUUAUGGACACCCAAUUACAGAGCAAGGUAAUCUCCUACAGAGGCUGCUUGACACAGAUGUCCCUUUUUUUAAUUUUUGGAUGUAUGGAUGACAUGCUUCUGACAGUGAUGGCCUAUGACCGGUUUGUGGCCAUAUGCCACCCCCUGCAAUACCAUGUCAUCAUGAACCCUCGCCUCUGUUUCUCCUUAGUCAUGGUGUCUCUUUUGUUUAGUCUUUUAGAAUCCCAGCUGCACAAUACGAUUAUCUUAUACUUUAAGUAUUUUGAGCAUAUGAACAUUUCUAAUUUUUUCUGUGAACCUUCUCAACUUCUAAAUCUCACCUGCUCUGACAACUUCACCAAACACAUAGUCACGUAUUUUGUAGGUACCCUCUAUGGAUUUCUUCCCCUUUCAGGGAUCUUUCUCUCUUACUAUAAAAUUGUUUCCUCAAUUCUGAGAAUCCCUUCUGCAAGUGGGAAGCAGAAAGCCUGGUCUACUUGUGGGUCUCAUCUUUCUGUUGUUUGCUUAUUUUAUGGAACAGCCAUUGGAGUGUACCUUACAUCCUCUGUGUUACACUCUCCUAGAAAGAUUUCAGUGGCUUCAGUGAUGUACAUUGUGGUUAUCCCAAUGCUAAAUCCUUUCAUCUACAGCCUGAGGAACAAGGACAUGAAACGCGCCCUGUGCAGGCUGCAGAGCAGAACAAUGUAG